AGAUGGGGAUCGACUUCAGGCGUUUGCGGAAUCUCGCAUGAGAUAGGCUAGCGUUUCUCAGGGACUUUUGGCGCAACUGGCAACGGAGUGGUACAAUCAGACAUCUGCGACGAGGUGACAGAAUAUAAAUCGUCCACAAUAAUGGCGACCGCGGUGGAGGAUCAGAAUUCAAUUGAUAUGAACGAGGAUAAAGAUUUAUCAUUCGACCAGGUCGCGCAUAACUGGGUGGACAUCACUCAAGAGUUCUUCGAGGCGAUCACAGAGUUGGAACUGGGAGAAUUAUUACAUGAUGAGCUGUUCGGGUUAUUUGAGGCCAUGUCUGCAAUCGAGAUGAUGGAUCCGAAAAUGGAUGCUGGCAUGUUGUGCAAUCGGGGGAACAACAAGCCUUGCACUUUUACCCAAGCGGUCGAUUCAGGCGCGAUCAAACUGGACAACUUUACACCCGCCGAAAUUAUAGGGAUAAUAGACUCCACAUAUGCGUGUAUAGUAUCUUGGUUGGAGGGACAUAGUCUUGCGCAAACCGUAUUCACGAACUUGUAUUUGCAUCAGCCUGCGCAAAUACUAGAUAAGCCUUUGAAGACCUUCUGUUAUGCAGUUUAUAAGAUAAUAGAGAUAAUUAAGGACUGCAUUAAUAAAGCUUUGGUAUUUGAAGAGGAGGAUUUUCAGAGCGUUACCUAUGGCUAUAGAUUACAGCAAGACAUUACAGAACAAAAAACGAUAUCGAUGUUGCGGGAAGUUGAAGAGGAACUUCAUCGGAAAAGUCGGAUAAAACUCGUCGAUGUCGAAUCUGAGAAGGAGUAUAACGAUGGAAUUGCACUUUACGCGAGGAUCCGAUUUACCAAAAUGUUCUAUCAAGUGUUAACAUUGAUGGGCCGGAAGCAGCAGUUGCAACAGAAUUUAAGUGAUUGCCAGAGAUUGUUGUCAAAUUGUUCCGAUAUGCUUAAUAUUAUGAUUUCAACGGUAGUUCGCGGAGAAAAAGCUGACGAAGUUUCUAAUCAUCCAAACAUUAUGGGAUUUGAUCCGAUGGUAAAUCAAAGAUUGUUGCCACCGACGUUCCCUCGAUACACGAAAAUUAAGCCAAGGAUAGAUGCCUUAGAAUAUUUAAGCGAAUUGAUAAACAGAUUCAAAAUGGUUACCAAGAUCACAAGUCAUAUCGGAUUUCACGCGGCCUUGGAUUUUUUCUUGGAAUUCUCACGUCAGAGUCCGUGCAUAUUGUCCAGGUCUAUGCUACAAAUCGUUUACUUGCCUAUCACUAAUCGCGUAUUCGGUGUUCACAAUUUCGCCGAUGUUCUGAGAGACGCGGCGCGAAAUUUCAUCGCACCACCUGUGUUGUUGCCAAAAAGUACGUUGCUUCAGAAUCACCAGGCUAAGGAGUACGUCGACAGCUUUCUGUCGCAUUGUGUCGGCUUAUUCGGAAACCUGUUGCAGCUCAGUGGACAUAAUAGGGCAAGACAAAGAGAUAAAUUGGCACAUUUAUUGGAAGACUUUGCGACGCUGCAAGAUGAAGCGGAGAGAGUUGAUGGCUAUUUGCACACUCUAUCUUUAAAAAGUGAUACACCAAGGCCUCACUUGGCCUGUUUUGGUACCUGGAUUUUAUAUCACACGCUGCGUGUGAUGGUCAUGUAUCUAUUAAGUGGUUUCGAGCUCGAGUUGUAUUCGGUGCACGAGUACCACUAUAUCUUUUGGUAUCUAUAUGAAUUUCUAUACGGAUGGCUCGUAUCUGCGAUUACACGGGCUGAUACGUUCUUAGCGGAGCAGGACGUACACAAUGAUACUCAUAAGGGUAGAAGCAAAAAGAGCUCUAAGAAUAAGAAGAAAAAAUCGACGCCUAGACCGUAUAAUUUGGAGAUAUUAAUGUACCAGGCUUUGCAAAAUAUAUGUGGCGGAUAUUAUAAAGCUCUAGUCGGUUUUCGCAUGGAUGAAAAAAUUCCACUUCCAGAAAUACAGUUCGAUUCUGAGCGGGUGAGAUAUGAGCAUCGAUUAUUGCCGUUUUCAUCUUUGUUAACGCCACCGCCCGUUCAUUAUCAAGAAUUUCUGGACAUGACAAAUGCUCAAAUGCAUAAAAGAAAUGAAAAAGUUACCAGUGAAAUACAAUAUGUUGCCGGUUGUCGACAUUUUCAUCAAGCUAGAAAUAUGUUGGAACGUGCAUUGUUGCUUUAUCCAUCAAAUAAUUUAAUAGAAAACGAAAUCAACAAUUUAUUAAAAGUAGCAAAGACAAAUUUUGUGGUGCUGAAGCUAUUGGCUGACGGACACAAAAAAGACUCAAAGGAACCACCGGUCUUCGAUUUUUCUUGCCAUCGGCAUUUUCCUCUCAUUAAAAUAACUUAAAUCACAUAUUUAUCAAUUUUUCUCACAAUGUAAAGGACACGUUAUUUAUUUCACUAAAAUGCGGAAAAGUAUCUGUCUUUAAUUCGAUCCUUUUCCUUUUAGGUAUCUUUAAAUGAUCUCUUUGUUCUAUGCAUUUCCUUCCAUUGUUUGAACACAUUGUAAAUCUUAAAAUUCAUUGUACCUAAAUCUUAAAUGCAUUUGAUGCUAUUUUUGUGCAGCCUUGUUCCUGGAAGGAAAUAAUAUUUGUACAUAAAUUUUUUGGUUUUGUAGGAAAUCGUACAUUAAACUAAAAAAUUAUGAUGAAUAUUAUAAAUAAGUAUAUUAGAGUCUUAAGAAUUACAAAUUGAUGUGAGUUGUAAAUACGUUCUGCAAUAUAGGAAGUGAUAAAAAUCUCAAACAUAGAUACAAUUUUCUCGCACACCAUUUUAACCAGCUCGCCGCACUCCGGUCCAAUGGACCGCUGUUUUUUUUUUCGGUUUUCUAGUCUUUACAUAAUAACAUAAUUUUCUAGUUUCCUUAUAAUAAGUUCAGUUUAAAUUCAAAUUAUUUUCUUGACCUGAUACUAUCAUAAACAUCUUACUCGGAGUCUGUAUUCCGAUUCUGCUAUAUUUCCAAUUUCUACAACAUUUGCUUAAAAAUAUUAAUUAGAAUGAAAAUGACAGUGCGACGAAGUCGAGCGAUCUCACGAACUGGGCUGUGGCGAAUUAAGGACUCGAAAAUGAGUAUGGUUAGCUAAGGUUAAUAAUAUAUUAUUUAUUACUUUUUGGAAUUUUAUUUUUAAAUUAAGUGCUAUAUGUCUCAAAUUCAAGUCUGAAUACUUUUUUGUGCUACUGUUUUCUUCGUAUUCUUCAUAAAUUAAUAUAGAAAAUAUUAAGUUACUUUUUAUUUUUGC